GAGCUCGAUUCUGCGUGGGACUGGAAGACGUACUUCGACGUGUGCGUUGCCGGAGACAAUUGCCUAGACAUCACCGAGAGCGAAGUUAUUAACCUAACGAACCCUCGCCACCACAAGUUUGUGUGCUCCGCUGUCACAGAUGAGAAUGUGGGUGCGUGGAAGAACUACGCGAAAUUCCACACCCUGAAGCGCUUUGCCAAGUACCUGCCCGAGGCCUUUGUUAACGAGGACUUCGAGUUCUAUUCCAAGUAUAUGACG